AUGCCUGGUCUGGCUGGUGAUGCCUACGCCGACCUGUCCGGCGCGCCGGUUGCCACCCGCAAUGACGUUGCGCCUGUGCUUGAGCCGUAUCGGUCUUUGGAUGUGUCCCGCCUUCGCCUGAGUGGCCGUGGACUUUGGGACCCUAAUCCUUUCCUCUCGGAUGACCUGUACAUGGCUCACAAUGAACCCAGCACCCUCUUGCAUGGUGUGGAUCCGCCUGGCGACUUCCUGCCCGUGUGGACCCGCGAGACCACCGACCGCAAAGACUUCUAUCACCAGAUUGCCGUCUCGCGCUCCAAGGCUACUUCGAAUGCUUCGGGCCCUGCCUUGCCCCGGGCCUUUGUUGAGCCUACGUCCGCCUUUGCCUCCAUGCUUGCCGACGCCAAAAGCCGUGCCUGCAUGUCCCGUGAGCAAAGGGCGACUGACCAUUACCUGGUCUGUUUCAAGGCCAUUGCGCAGGGAGAUCAUCUCGGAGUGGAAAUUGCCACCUGUGCCCAUGGGCGGCUUCUCGAAGAAGGUCUUGCCGGGUCCGAUGACAAGGACAUUGUUGCUCGUGAGAAGCUGCUUGCUGACUUUGCUCUUUGGCUGUCGGGGCUGGAUGUGGGGUUUGAUCGUUUACUGGUCGAUAGCCUUUCUGGCGCUCACCUGCUCAACAAGUACCUGGUGCAGUAUGGUAGGCGUUUGUUCGAAGCUGGAUGGCCCUAUUCUCAUUACAGCGAGGUUAUCAAUGCCAUUGCUGCUCAGGAGCCUCUGCUCCGUAGGAGUCUUCAACCUGCCUGGGACCUUGCCUUUGCUUGGAUGCGUGAGGAGCCACAUACCAACCAUGUGGCGAUGCCUUGGCAGUUGCUCUUGGCCGCAAUUGCUACCGCUCUGAUAUGGGGAUGGCCACGUGUCGCUGGCAUACUGGCUUUGACCUGGGGCGGGGUCCUUCGUAUAGGAGAGGCCCUUGCAGCGAAGAGAGCCGACCUUCUUCUUCCUGCUCACGUCAGCGACACCUGUGACUACGCUUUGUUGUCGGUUGGCGAGCCGAAGACUAGAUAUAAAGCCGCGCGCCAUCAGGCAGCGAAGAUCGAUCAGCCUGAUCUUCUCAAAGUAAUUUCUCUGGCUUUUGGCAACCUGGGCUUUUCUCAGAAGCUUUGGCCUCAGUCAUCUUCAACUCUCAGGAGCAGGUUCAACAUGCUGAUGCAGCGUUUGGAGACUUCAGAACUUCCCUUCGAUAGGAGCCGCAAAAUCGAUUUAGGUUCGCUUCGAGCUGGAGGUGCAACGUGGUUACUAAUGGUUUCCGAGGACGCUGAACUUGUCAGGAGACGUGGUCGGUGGUUAAAUCACCGCACUAUGGAAAUCUAUGUUCAAGAAGUUUCCUCCCUCCAGUUUGUACACCGCUUGCCCUUUCACGUGCAGGAGAAGCUUUUUACCUUGGUUCGAAGUUUUCAGGAUGUUCUUUCCAAAGCUGAACAACUGGUUUUGAUCCGCACACCUUCGGUGGCUUGGUAUGCUCAGUACUCUGUGGGAUAG